UCCUACAAAUUUUCCAAGAUGGCGGCGCCCAUGAGCUGGAGCAUGAAGAAAUAUUGCAUUUAUGCUUUCAGAUACCAUAUUCGGUGCCUAAGAGUCGUGGGUGCAGGUCGGUCGGUACACCUCCCCAACAGCAGGACUUACAGCGCCAAGGCUCCCAGGAAUAUCCUGAGUCUACAUGACAGGGGCAUCUUUCAGAAUGUCUAUCCGAGUGGCAGUACCCCAGAACUAGUUAAACGGUUAUCAAAGCCAGUGACAGUUUACUGCGGAUUUGAUCCCACAGCUGAAAGUCUUCACAUUGGGAACCUUCUGGCAGUUGUUGCACUACUUCACUGUCAGCGAGGAGGACACAACCCUAUAGGACUGAUAGGAGGGGCCACUGCUAUGGUUGGGGACCCAAGUGGUAAGACCAAAGACAGAAACCCGAUGAAUGUGGCGGAGGUUGAGAAAAACAUGGAAUCCAUCGCAAAAAGUCUGCAGAGGAUAUUUGACAAUCACAGCCAAUAUAUGUGGAAGGAAGAUAGGGAGCUCCCUCCACUACAAAUUUUAAACAACGCUGACUGGUACCGAGACAUCAACGUUAUUAGUUUCCUCGCCACUGUGGGACGCCGAUUUCGACUUGGUCAAAUGUUAUCACGUCAAAGUGUUUCAGCGAGACUGAAGUCGUCGGAGGGGAUGAGUUUCACAGAGUUCAGCUAUCAGAUCUUACAGUCCUAUGAUUGGCUACACCUCUGUCGCAAUCACAAAUGUUCAAUACAGAUUGGAGGGAAUGACCAGCUGGGAAAUAUUACGUCUGGGUUCGAUCUCAUCUGCGCAGAAACGGAGGAACGUGUAUGGGGUCUUACCGUUCCGUUGAUAACAACAGCUGGCGGGGAGAAGAUUGGAAAAACUGCUGGCAAUGCUUUAUGGCUGAACCCAGACCAAACCUCACCUUUUCAUUUCUAUCAAUUUUUUAUCAAUCGGACAGACAACGAAGUUGAGAAGUACCUCAAACUGUUUACCUUCAUGUCGGACGAUCAGAUCAGCGCAGCCAUGAAGAAACAUAACAAUUGUCUAGACAAGCGGCAUGGACAGAACCUUUUGGCAGAACAAGUGACACUUUUAGUCCAUGGUGAGGCUGGGCUGGAGCAGGCCAAGAGAUGGACUUUGGCAUUCUACAGUGGAACGACAGACAGUCUGACAGCCCUGAGUUUGGAGGAGCUUCAGCAGCUGUUUAAAAAUGUGGUUACCGUGCCGAUGCUCCUCGACCCUGGCCUGACAGUGAGAGAAAUGUGUAUGAAGGCACAGAUCUUUGAUAGAGAAGUUGAUGCAGAUCGAACGAUCAAUGAAGGUGGACUAUACAUCAAUCAUUGUAGAACUUAUACUCCCGACCUUGUCUUGUUACCUCGGCAACACAUCCUAACAAAUGACAUCACUCUAGUCCGACUUGGGAAGAAGAAACAUUUCAUCAUAAGAUGGCUGACACCCUGAAAUCUUCACAUGUCAAGGCCGUACACAAGACAUUUAAACAUGGGGUUAUAUCUUGACGUUUUUACUUAUAAAGGCAGACUGACGUCAAUAUCUCGAUGUUACUCCGGUUAUAUCAUUGAUAGGGACGGAAAUCAUUGUUAAUGAUCCCUCAAUUUACAAAAUAUUUCUAAAAUUGUUAAGAAAUCUAUAACAUUCAAAUAUGUCAAUAAUAUGUUAUUGUAGUACAAAUUAAAGUUGAAUGGCUGUUGAAAA